AUGUAUUUUACAAAUUAUCACAAAUCAAAAUUAUUAACUUAUAUAAGUUAAAAUCUAUCUUUGAAUAUCAUAGCCUUUUUCUGAAGAAUGAAAUAAAGGAUUUUUUUAUAGCCCAAGGGCUAUUUAAUUCCGAAUUAAAAAAUAAAAAUUUUAGAAAUUCUGUAAUGAAUCAAUGGAAAAAUUGGUUAAGGAGUCAUUAUCAAUAUAAAUACGAUCUAUCUCAGAUUAGAUGGUCUAGAUUAACACCACAAAAAUGGCGAAAUAUAAUCAAUCAACAUCAACACCAUAUGGUUCAAAAUAAAAAAUUAAACAAAUGGAAUUUAUAUGAAAAAGACCGAUUAAUUCAUUACAAAAAAAAAAAUGAUUUUGAGACAGAUUCAUUACCAAAUCAAAAAGAUAAUUUUAAAAAACACUAUAAAUAUAAUCUUUUAUCAUAUAAAUCUAUUAAUUAUGAAAAUAAGAAGGACUCAUAUAUUUAUGGAUCACCAUUACAAGUAAAUAAUAAACAAGAGAUUUCUUAUAAUUCCAACACAAAAAAAAGCAAAUUAUUUGACAUGUUGGAAGAUAUUUCUAUCAAUAAUUAUCUAGCGGAAGAUGAUAUUAUUGAUAUGGAGAAAAGCGCGGAUAGAAAAUAUUUUGAUUGGAGAAUUCUCAAUUUUUGUCUUAGAAAGAAGGUUGAUAUUGAGUCCUGGAUCGAUACCGGAAGCAAAGAUAAAAAAAAUACUAAGACUAGGACUAAUAAGUAUCAAAUAAUUGAUAAAAUUGAUAAGAAAAAUCUUUUUUUUCUUACAAUUCACCAAGAUCAAGAAGUUAAUUCAUCCAAUCAAAAAGGUUUUUUUUUUGAUUGGAUGGGAAUGAAUGAAGAAAUAAAAAAUUGUCUUAUAUCCAAUUUUGAACUUUGGUUCUUUCGAAAAUUUGUGAUACUUUACAACACAUAUAAGAUAAAACCAUGGGCGAUACCCAUCCAAUUUCUUCUUUUCAAUUUUCAUAGAAAUGAAAAUGUUAGUAAAAAUAAUAAAAUUAACCGGAAGAAAAAUAGCGAUCUUUUUAUAUCUAUAUCAUCGAAUGAAAAAAAAAUUAUUGAAUUAGAGAAUCAAAAUCACGAAGAAAAAGAAUCCGAAGACCAAGGGGACUUUGGGUCAGUUUUCGCAAAUCAAGAAAAAGAUAUUGAAGAAGAUUAUAUAGAAUUAGAUAUGAAAAAACAUAGAAAUAAAAAGCAAAACAAAAGUCAUAUGGAAGUAGAACUUGAUUUCUUCCUAAAACGGUAUUUAUGUUUUCAAUUAAGAUGGAAUGGUUCUUUAAAUCACAAAAUAAUCAAUAAUAUCAAAGUAUAUUGUCUCCUGCUUAGACUGACAAAUCCACGAGAAAUUAUUAUAUCUUCUAUUCAAAGGCAAGAAAUAAGUUUGAAUAUUCUGAUGGUUCAGAAGGAUUUAACUCUUACGGAAUUAAUGAAAAAGGGAAUAUUGAUUAUCGAACCUGUUCGUCUGUCGGUAAAAAAUGAUGGACAAUUUAUUUUGUAUCAAAUGGUAGGUAUCCUAUUAGUUCAUAAGAACAAACAACAAAUUAAUCAAAAAUACAGAGAAAAUUUUUAUGUUGAUAAAAAGAAUUUUACCGAAUCUAUUGAAAGACAUCAAAGUAUAAUUGGAAAUAGAAACAAAAAUGAUUAUGAUUUACUUGUUCCUGAAAAUAUUUUAUCCCCUAAACGUCGUAGAGAAUUAAGAAUUCUUUUCAAUUUAAAAAAUCAAAAUGAUAUUCAUAUAAAUACAGAAAUUUUCAAUGGUAAUAACAUAAAAAAUUGUAGUCCCAUUUUAGAUAAAAGCAAACAUUUUGAUAGAGAUAAAAAGAAACUAAUUAAAUUACAAUUUUUUCUUUGGCCCAAUUUUCGAUUAGAAGAUUUAGCUUGUAUGAAUCGUUAUUGGUUCGAUACUAAUAAUGCUAGUCGGUUCAGUAUGGUAAGAAUAUAUAUAUAUCCGCGGUUGAAAUUUUGAUAAGGGUGCAUUUUUCAUAUAUCCCAUAGCAUAUCUGAUUUAGUAUAUGAAAACAAGGAGAUGGGUACGUCAUUCUUUUUCUUUUCCACUCCAUAUUCCAUUCUGAUACAUGGAAUUCAAUUAUGUAUCAAUUAGAUCUAGAAACGAAUCAAUGGAAUUUUUUUCUUUUCAUAUUAAGUAGAAUUUUUUUCUCUUUUGUAAGCGAAGAAAUAUACCAUCCUUUUGUAUCUAUAACC